AUGACUAAUGAUAUCCAAAUAGAUUUGGUGGAGUCCGAGAAUUUGUUCUUGCAAAGACUCAUCCUCCAUUAUAAUAUAAAGUCAUGCUCUACUAUGUGUUUUAAAUCCAGUUCAUCGGAGAAAGGGGGAGGUUCAAGUCCAAAAGAAAAAAAAGAGACCUUUGCUGAUGCUUCUUACAGGAAGAUACAUAUCAUAGCCGAACUGGAUGGCUACUAUGCUACUGCUGAUCGUAGUAUAGUAGGCUUACUGAACUAG